AUGCUGUGUGUAAGUGCUGAGAGACCAGGAUGCAGCAGCUGCUGUUCAGAGAGAAGGGGCUCCCAACAAAUCCAAGGCCUUCAGCACAUGGAAGCAGUGACUACAGCAGAGGUAUUUAAUAUCACAUUGAAGCAGAGCCAAGGCAUCCCGUUUGGAGCUGCCACAUCCUAUGUAGACCUAGAGAAGUUAUGUGAAGGAUCCUGUGCAACUGCGUAUAAGGGGAUCAGUAGGAUCAACAGCCAGUUGGUGGCACUGACAGUGAUCAGGCUGGAGGCAGAGGAGGGAGUGCCCUUUACAGCCAUUCGGGAAGCUUCUCUUCUCAAGUGUUUGAAACAUGCCAACAUUGUACUGCUUCAUGACAUUAUCCAGACCAAGAAGACACUAACAUUUGUCUUUGAGUACAUGCACACAGAUCUAGCACAGUACAUGGGCCAGCACCCUGGAGGACUCCAUUUGUGCAAUGUUAUGCUCUUCGUGUUCCAGCUUUUGCACGGCCUGGCUUACAUCCACCAACAACACAUUCUUCACCGUGAUCUGAAACCCCAGAACUUGCUCAUCAGUUGCCUUGGUGAGCUCAAAUUAGCCGACUUUGGCCUUGCUCGUGCCCAGUCCAUCCCCAGACAGACAUACUCCUCUGAAGUUGUGACACUCUGGUACCAUCCUCCUGAUGUGUUGCUUGGAGCUACAGCUUAUUCUUCUGGUAUAGAUAUCAGGAGUGCAGGCUGUAUAUUUGUGGUCAUGAUCCAGGGUCAGCCAAUAUUUGCAGCAACUUCUGGUACUCACGAACAGCUGGAGAAGAUCUGGGCGGUAUUGGGGGUCCCAACUGAAGACACCUGGCCAGGACUUUCCAAGCGCCCCAGCUAUAACCCGGAACUGGUUGCUUCCAGGAGACCUCAGAGACUCCGAGUCAUCUGUGACAGGAUGAGCAGGGUGCCAACAGCAGAGAAUUUGGCCUCCAGGAUGCUCACUGCCUUCCCUCGAGGCCAAAUCUCUGCACAAAAUGCUCUUCUUCAUGGCUUCUUCAGCCCUCUGCCCCCUCAGCUCUAUCAGGUUCCUGCUGGACAAUCAGUGCUCACAGUUCCAGGGGUGAGACUGCAACCUGAAAUCUGUGACCUGUUUGCUUCUUACCAAAAAGGCCACGUCUCAGGAGGUUCAAGCAAGUUUUGGUAG